GACCAAUCUCUCAGCAAGGGAUGCCCCCCAGCCAUUUUCCUGGAAGGAGAACUGAAAGCAAGGAAUACGGUUAGACCCUCACUGGAAGAACUCACUCCCCAGCAGAGCAGCUCUGUGACCCACUCCAUCAUGCAACAGAAGGCAGGGACUCAAAACAAGCACUAAAAGGUUGGUACUGCUUCAGAGGAGAGGUUCACCAAGCCAUAGCGCAGUCGCGGCAAUGAAAGUGUCUGCAGGGCGGGUGAGCUCGCUGCAGGGAGCUACACGGGGCGGGGGGCUGCACCAGGAGCCGGGCAGUGGGACAGGGAUGGUGUGGAUGGGAGGAGUGCAGGGGUCAGUACAGACAACAGGGUGUCCUUUCUGUCUGGAAAAUGCCACUGCCACCACAAUACCAGAAGCUACACUUUUACCAAAUCAUGAUUCUAACAUAGAAACUUACAAAUUUCUGCAAAAAGGCUCUAAAUCUCAUAAAACACCAGCAGGUGUGAAAGCUCCAGGAGCACCGUUGUGUGAGAUCCAACAGGGACGUAACUAUGCCGGGCCACACUCCCAUUUCACCGGUCUCCUUCCCGCCUCAUGGUGCCACAGCCGAUCCCCGACACCGGCCAGGCCGGUCGGCCUCUGUCGAAGCGGGAUUUUACAGCAGUCCCAAGGGGACGGCUUCACCCCGCUGCCACACCGCAGGCUGCCCCUGAGGAGAGCGGCGCCCGGGGGUCACCGGAUCCCGCCUGAGAGGCUUCCCCGGCGCCAGCCGAGGCGAGGCUGGGGGCGACGCUGCCCCGCACUAGGACACACACAUCCCCUCCCGCUGCAGCCGCCAGCUGCUCGUUUUGCCUUAAAUAUUAAUAACAAGCAAAGCCCUAUGCUUGGCACAGGCGCUCAGUCUAACGCCGGGCCGCUGCAGGCGCGGCGCUGAAGGAAAACUGGGGCGCAGCCCGCGGGCUGCCGCUCCCGGUAGGAGGAACCGGAACGUUUGUGGGGCUCCGGAGCUCCCCGCGGGAAUUGAGGGAGCCACCGGCCCCACGCAGGGCCUACGGCAGCGUGGACACCCCAUCGUGCCCGCAGCCGGGGCGGCGGCGCGGCCCCAGAGGGGCUGCCGCAGGG